AUGAAGCGCGACGAGGAAAGGGCCCGCAAGAUGUGGCGGGACAUUGGCGUGGCGGCGAUGCAGCAUGGGCCGAAUUCGCUCCACCACCAUCAGCCGCCGAUGUACGGAGCGGCCGUCGGGAAUGGGGCGGCCACGACACUCCCGAACAAUCCGCACUGGAACCAGCCGGGCUACCGGAACUCGUACAGCUUGCCACAUCCGAGCUCACAGAACGGGGGUGGUGAGAGGAAUGGCGGUGGGGGAGGUGUCCGAAGGAGCGAUCCGGGAGGAGAUCCGGGAGGACGCUAUCCACACUACGACAUCAAGCCCCUCUCGCAGGCACCCUCGUUUCCGGAGAUUUCGUCCGCCAGCUACACCGGCAACGGGUACCACCAUCCGGUGCACCACCACCACGCCCCCCCGCACCUGCUCCCCCAACAGGGUGGAGGUCAGCACGGCAUGAAGCCACCCCGGCCCCUCUCGAUGUACGAGCUGCAUCACAACGGAGGCGGUGGUGGCGGUCCCCAGCAGCUGCACUCCCUUCCGCCGAACUUUGUGCCACACCAACAGCGCGCCCCCAACGGCCGCUCACCCCCGCUGGCGAACGGGGGAGCCAAUGGCCACCACCAGCACGGCAUGGGCCCACGGUCACCGACGGCUUACGAUGGUGGUGGAGGAGGUGCCGGACGCACGCUUUUACAGCAACCGGAAGAACUGAAAGUCGACCCAGAGCUUAUCUUCACCAAGCAGGAGCGCAUCGGCAAAGGAUCCUUCGGCGAAGUGUUCAAGGGUGUUGACAACCGGACGCAGCAGGUGGUUGCAAUAAAGAUCAUCGAUCUAGAAGAGGCCGAAGAUGAGAUCGAGGACAUACAGCAGGAAAUUAUGGUGCUAUCGCAGUGCGACUCACCGUACGUCACCAAGUACUUCGGUUCAUACCUCAAGGGCACCAAGCUAUGGAUCAUCAUGGAGUACCUCGGGGGCGGGUCCGCCCUGGACCUGAUGAAGGCGGGCCUGUUCGAGGAGAUGCACAUUGCCAUCAUCCUGCGCGAGGUGCUCAAGGGUCUGGACUACCUGCACUCCGAGCGCAAGCUGCACCGGGACAUCAAGGCGGCGAACGUGCUGCUGAGCGAGCUGGGCGACGUCAAGCUGGCCGAUUUCGGCGUGGCCGGCCAGCUCACCAACACCACCUCCAAGCGGAACACCUUCGUCGGCACGCCGUUCUGGAUGGCGCCGGAGGUGAUCAAGCAGUCGAUGUACGACUCGAAGGCCGACAUCUGGUCGCUCGGCAUCACGGCGAUCGAGCUGGCCAAGGGCGAGCCGCCCAACAGCGAGCUGCACCCGAUGCGGGUGCUGUUUCUCAUUCCGAAGAACAAUCCACCGCAGCUGACCGGUAGCUACACGAAGCCAUUCAAAGAUUUUGUCGAAGCGUGCCUAAACAAAGAUCCAGAAAAUAGACCAACAGCCAAGGAGCUGCUCAAGUUUCCAUUCAUCAAGAAGGCGAAGAAGAAUUCCUACCUGAUCGAUCUGAUCGAUCGGUACAAGAAGUGGAAAACGCAGAAGGGCGAAGAGAGUGAAACGGAGUCGGAAAAUUCAGACUCUGAGGAUUCCAAGCAGGACAGUGAUCUCGACGAACCGUGGAUCAUGACGGUGAAGGGAUUGAAUUUUAACAACUUUAACAAAAAUGUGAUGGAAGACCCGCUCGGUUCACCGGUGAAGCAUAACGGCACCAGCAACGUCGGAGUGAGCUCAAACCGUGAUAGGGAUUACAAUUUGAAUCAGCAAAAAACGAGUCAGCCACGUACGUCCACAUCGCCAUCGCACCAGUCUUCGUCGACGCUGGUUGCGGCCAACAAUGCCACCAACAACAGCAGUAGCACCACCAGCCCGAUCAUCGUGGAAUCGAGGAAGGAGCGCGAGAUGCAGAACCAGUUCUCCGCCAUGCAGCUGCAGAAGGAGAAGGAAGCGAGCUUAGAGCGGCAGCAGCAGCGUGAUCACCAUCGGCUCGAGCGCGAGGCCGAGUGGGAGAAGGAUCGCGAGAAGGAGCGGGAGCGGGAGCGCGAUCGUGAUCGUGAGCGGGAACGCGAACGGGACCGGGAGCGUGAACGGGAGCGCGAUCGCGAGAGGGAUCACCGCGAGCGGAUAGAGCGUGCGGAAAAGGAUCGGGAUCGUGAUAGCAAGGAGCAGCGGAAGCUGAUCGCCUCGGACGGUGGUCACCACAAUCACGGUGGAUCGGCGGGAGGAGCAGGAGGCAGUGAACCGGAAAAGCGUAGCAGCAGUUUGCGGCGCGCCGAACGGGAAUCGCCGAGCCACACCAACAGCAACAGCAAUGGCAACCCGCGAACCAACAGUAUUACGAGUGUAAAUAAUAACUCCAGCAAAGGCUCCAGUCGGACAUCGUCCACGACGGCGUCGACGGCAAACAGUGGCUGUCUUAAGGCGAUUAUCUUCCCCCUGCUUUCGGAGAUGCAGCGAAACUACAACAGCGGCUCAGAUAUGGGUGACCUGCGGCUGGCCUUCGAGAGCGCCGAGCGGAGUAGUCCGGGUGUGAGCGAUCUGUUCGUGAAGGAGAUCAUCCACAAACUCGUGCCCGGAUUUUCCGAGACGCGAAUCAAUACGCUUAUAGACAAGGUGACACGACGAGCUUCCGGUAACUCUUCCAAGAUGACCGUCCUUUACUAGGUUUCACAUGUACAUACAUGUUUUCAUUUUGCCAGCGAGAAAUGGUUUUGGAACGCAAAGGUCAUGAUUUGUCUGUUAGCGGCAAAUACAAAAAAACAAAAACAAAAAUAUGGUUAAUUUAGCUUUUCAUGAUUCAAGUUGAUCUUUCUCUCAUCGACACAACACAAUGUACAUCCCUGAUUUUGCCUGAUAGGUAGAGUUAAGAAGUUAGCUAGCUUCUAUUGUUCUAUUUUGUUUGUUCCUGUUUGCUUUUGUUUUUACUGCGAUAUGGCGAUAUUGAUAUUACCAUUCUGAAACGAUGAACGAUUAACAAUUCCUACGGGUGCGUGUUGAUCGUGAAAAGCAUUGUUGUUAGGGGUUUUGUUUUGUUGUUUGUUUUCUUUUCGUUCAAUCCAUUCGAGAUAAUACAGAAAGCAUGAUCACUUUUCUAACACCGUCGUCUCCCGUGCGCGGUGUAUGCAUGUUUGUUUCUGAUUGGUUGUACUGUCGACCGAAUGCGUAGAGUUUAAUGCUGUGGUAAAACAGGUAAUCAGACUAAUUGGUGUAAGAAAAGCGCGUCGAAAUGAAGAUGGGGUUAGGAUCGGUAGGAAAGUGAAUUUUAUUUUGUACAAUAAACGACAUGUCAGUUGAAAGUGGAAGACACGACGUGGGUAAGACGGUAGUAGAUAUACUUUCAAACACCUGUGGAAACGAUGGUUUAUUUAUAAUACUAGAACAAAUCUAAAAACUGACAAAUGCAUAAAAGAGACACAGCUCAACACAUAGCGUUCAGUUGACGAUGUUCGAACAAAAGGGUGUCCCGUUAUGUGGGGAUUCAUCCUUUGCGGUAAAUCCCUGCUUGAAUCAUGAUAAUCCUGCUCUACAAGACCCCCAAAAAAAAAACCCGGUUGACCGACAAAGGCAAAAAACGAUCUAAUAAGACAAACUCUAGCGUUCAUGAUACAAAGUAAGACUUACUAUACACCAAGACAUAAAUGCAACAUUGAAUCCCAUUACACAACACCUGCGGCCGAGCGGUACCCCGGCUCGGAUAAAAACUAGGGAGCCUUCGUACUGCGGAGUGACUAGUUGAAUCAAUUAACAAUGAUAAAAACAAACUAAUACACAAUAAGAGCACACACACACACACAAAAGAAGAAAGGAGAGUUCGUGUUGAAACGGUGGCGUGUAAUGAUAGAGAAUAAAAUGUAUUAAAUAAAAAGAAGGUAGCAGCAAUGCAAAGAUGAAUGCAAUGAUGUGGAUGAAUGUCUAGAGGAAAAACUGUACUUGUUUGCACGAUGUAACACACCUUCCCUUACACAGACACACACACACACACACAUACACACGAACAACAACACGUACAUACCGAACGUUUGUACCCGACGGUAUAUGUUAAGGGACGAGAAUGAGCGAAGAUAAAGGUAAUUAUAAAAUAUGCGAAGGAGAAUAAGAACUAGGAAUACAGAACGAAUGCCAAGAAAAAAAAAGUAAGUGCAGAAUAAAACAUUACUGAAGGAAAACAAGAAAACGAAUGAAAAACAAUAAAAUCACAUAUGGAGAAAACGAAAUAUUUUAUUAAUACAAUUGAACCGCGAAUUACACAUGUUCGGUAAUGUUUGCCUUCGAUCCGAACGUGUGUCUUGUGUUAUUGUGUUGUUAGUAAGAAAAAUAGGACCGUUUUUUUAUCUUUAGUUCGUAUAUUUAUUCACUUAACACUAUGACUUUUGCACUCCGUACAACAGAGGCCAACAAAUGCACAAUUUAUAUUUCGUUAUUGUUUGUUUUUACUAGUAAGAGUUUUUGUUCUUUCAGCUCUUUUGUUCUCACCUGCCUUUUCUCUUCAGCUCUCUUCGCUUAAAACCUCUUCAACACGACACAAUACAAACUACCCGUGAAGGGGGGAAAUUAAAACCUACGAAGGGCACUCUAGUUACAACGACGAUAUAUGGGAGCGCCAAUGGCGAAGAAAUGAUACAGGGAAAAAAAAAGAAGGAAAGAAACCGAAUAACAUCUUUUGCUUACGUUUAUAGUGUAUA